UGCAAAAUCACACUCUCCUCGUCUUCCUCCUCUCCCCCUCUGGCACACUUCUCUUCCGGUGCUCCUCCGCCAUUUCCCUUCAUCCCCACCGCAGAUCCACACCACCACCCCUCACCGCCUCAGAUGGCUUCUCCGUCGGGGAAUCCUAACCCCGCUCCCAGCGCCCCCUUCGAGCUCAGCAAGCUCUUCCGGCCGCCGGCAAACCCUAACCACCCCACCACCGCCCCGACCCCCACCGGCGUCUUCCCGGGCUCGCCUGUCCCCGCUACCGGGCCAUCGCCCACAGGGCCCUACUACCACCCGCCGGCCACCCCGCCCUUCCACCGUGGCAGUUACCUCCACUAUCCCAACGACCCCCACAGCUUCCACCACCCCGCCGCGGCCGCCUUCGCCAACGCUAACUCCACCGCAAACCCUAUCCCGAACCCAGGCCCGGGCCCGAACCCGGGGGCGCGGCUCAUGCAGCUUCUCGGUAACACCGCGCCCACCCACCUGGAGUCGGCGUCGUCCAUGCCGCCCUCGUCAGAGUUCUCCGCGGUCCCUGCGGGGGCGCUCCCGGCAUCGUCGUCCGCGCCACCGGCGAGGAUGCCCAGCAGCAAGAUGCCGCGCGGGAGGCUGCUGGGUCUCGGGGACCGAGCAGUGCACGACGUGGACUCGCGGCUGCCAGGGGAGGCAGAGCCGCCACAGCUGGAGGUGACGCCCAUAACCAAGUACACCUCGGACCCCGGGCUGGUCCUCGGCAGGCAGAUCGCCGUGAACAGGACGUACAUCGUGUAUGGGCUUAAGCUAGGCAACAUCCGUGUGCUCAACAUUAACACCGCGCUCCGCUCCCUCCUUCGGGGGCACACACAGAGGGUGACGGACAUGGCCUUUUUUGCAGAAGAUGUCCAUCGUCUAGCAAGUGCAAGUGUAGAUGGGCGGGUAUACGUUUGGAAGAUUGAUGAGGGACCUGAUGAGGAAAAUAAAUCUCAAAUCUCAGGAAAGAUUGAAAUCGCCAUCCAGAUUAUAGGAGACGCUGAAACCUAUCAUCCGAGAAUAUGUUGGCACUCUCAUAAGCAAGAGAUUCUGUAUGUUGGAAUUGGAAAUUUCAUCCUAAGAAUAGACAUAACAAAAGUGGGAAGAGGAAGAGACUUCAAUACGGAAGAGCCUUUAAGAUGCCCACUUGACAAGCUCAUUGAUGGUGUGAGCGUAGUUGGUAAACAUGGUGGAGACAUUACUGAUAUCUCCAUAUCUCAAUGGAUGACUACACGUCUGGCUUCAGCAUCAAAAGAUGGCACGGUAAAGGUCUGGGAUGAUCGAAGGGUAGCCCCUCUGUCUGUGCUGAAACCACAUGAUGGUCAAGCUGUUUACUCGGUUUCUUUCCUUACAGCACCUGAACGACCAAAUCAUAUAAAUCUUGUUACAGCAGGCCCGCUCAACCGAGAAGUAAAAAUUUGGGCCUCCACUAAUGAAGAAGGCUGGUUGUUGCCAAGUGACUUGGAGACAUGGAAAUGCACUCAAACGUUGGAACUUGUUAGUUCUCUGGAACAUAGGUCUGAGGAGGCAUUUUUCAACCAAGUUGCAGUGUUGCCACAGGCUAGCCUUAUAUUGCUUGCAAAUGCCAAAAAGAAUGCUAUUUAUGCUGUGCAUGUUGAGUAUGGUCAAGAUCCUGCCUCAACUCGGUUGGACUACAUAGCAGAUUUUACUGUUACAAUGCCCAUUUUGAGUCUCACGGGAACACAUGAAACCCAUCCUGAUGGUGAACAAAUUGUUCAAGUUUAUUGUGUCCAGACAAUGGCUAUCCAGCAGUAUGGGUUGGAGUUAUCACUCUGUCUUCCUCCUACAGCUGAUAACACUGGAUCUGGAAGAGACCCUGCUCUUCCUCAUUUAAACGAGAGGCUUCCAGAAAUGGCAGCACUGGAGCCUUCCACAGGAACUACUCCCGUUGAAUCUUCUAUUGCUGUUUCAACUAAGCCAUCAAAUGACAGUCAGGGCACAGCUUUUACAUCAAAGAUGAAUCAGGCUGGAUCUCCAGUUGUCUUAAGUAGACAUCCUUCAGUGGGUGAUCGUGAUGCGGACCAAUCAUCUUUUGGUAGAAAGGAUAGCUUCGGAAAGGAAGAGCCAAGAGGCGUCCAGAGUGAUGGUAUAACAAUUUCUGAUCCUCGUCCUGUGUUUCAGGGGGGAGGCCAUGCUACGCACUUGAUAACUCCAUCUGAAAUUAUUUCAGGUGUGGUCACUUCUGCAGAAACGGUUGCAAGUGGCACCUCGCAGAAUGUGGAAGCAGAGGCAAAACAUGUAGAUGUGAGAAAAUCAAAUCAAACUGUUGAACUUGAGGCUGGUAAGGAGACCCAAAUUCUUCCUGAAAAAAAAGAGAGAUCUGUCAUGCCUUCAGAGCAAACUGUAGAUGCGGUCAGUGAACGCACAAUAACUGACAAGUACAGUGUAGAUGAUUCACAGUCUCUGCCUGAUAGAUCAGUACCGACUCUUUUGAAACAGUCUUCUGGGGCUGGAGAUGAAAGUGUUGUGAAGAGAGCAACUGAAGCUUCUGAGGAAACUGAACACCCUUGCGCCUCAAGGGAUUUACCAUUACCCUCAGCUAUCAAAGAGGGGAAAAUCAUACAUCCUCAAGUGUCUGGGCAGUUAUCUCCUUCUACAAGCACAUUCAACUCUGCUGAUUCCUCGCAAGAACCUCGAAUCAAUGAGAACCCUCCUAUUGAUCCCUCCCUGCAAGCUGCAGCUAUUCAAGGAUCGCUGCAACAGCUUAUGGCCACAUAUAGUAACCUGCAAAAACAGUUGAGUAUGCUUGUGUCUGCUCCAAUUGCAAAGGAAGGCAAAAGAAUUGAGGCAUCACUUGGUCGAAACAUGGAAAAGUCCAUCAAGGCUAACAUUGAUGCCAUGUGGGCCCGUUUCCAGGAGGAAAAUGCAAGGCAUGAAAAAUCUGAAAGAGAGCGAAUGCAGCAGAUGGCUACUCUAAUCGCGAGUUCUGUAAACAAGGAUAUUCCUGUUAUGCUGGAGAAGUCAUUAAAGAAAGAAAUAUCUUCACUGGGGCCUGCUGUUGCUCGAACAACCGCACCUAUCAUUGAGAAGCUCUUGUCUUCUGCUGUGUCUGAUUCACUUCAGAAAGUGCUGGGUGACAAGGUUGUUAAUCAGCUAGAUAAGUCUAUAAGCACAAAACUUGAAGCUAGUGUUGCUAGGCAGAUCCAAACACAGUUCCAGACAUCCGCCAAGCAGACACUUCAGGAUGCGUUCCGCUCUAGCUUUGAGUCGUCAGUUAUUCCAGCGUUUGAACAAUCAUGCAAGAAAAUAUUUGAGCAAGUAGAUGGUUCAUUUCAGAAAGGCAUGUCUGAGCACAGUGCUGCUAUCCAGCAGCAGGUCCUGACAGCACAUACUCCAUUAGCACAAACUCUAAGGGAAGCAAUCAAUUCAGCGUCAUCCAUGAACCAGGGUGCUACAUCAGAGUUACUUGAUGGCCAGCGCAAGCUUUUGUCACUAUUUGCAUCAGCAAGCCCAACAUCACAGAGCACAGGUGCUUUGCAGCCCAGUAACGGACCUGUGAUGAAUCUCCCUGAGGUUGAUGCUCCAUUGGAUCCUAUGAAAGAACUAGGCCGACUGAUUGCUGAGCGGAAAUUCGAUGAGGCAUUUACAAUGGCUCUUCAAAGAAGCGAUGUCUCUAUAGUUUCUUGGUUGUGUUCUCAGGUUGAUUUGCAAGCAUUGUGUGGGACAGUUCCCAUCCCUCUGAACCAAGGGGUUCUCCUAGCCCUUUUCCAGCAGCUAGCGUGUGACAUUGCCAACGACACGUCCCGGAAGCUUCAAUGGAUGACAAAUGUUGCUGUGGCAAUACAACCAACAGAUCCGAUAAUCGCAAUGCAUGUAAGGCCAAUAUUCGAACAAGUCUAUGGUGUCCUGGCACACCAGCGGUCGCUGCCAACAACCAAUGCAUCAGAUGCAACAAAAAUCAGCUUAAUCAUGCAUGUGAUCACCUCAGUGCUGAUGAGCCACAAGUGAUGAUGUAAGGCGCAUUCUGACACUGCAUCUUUGUACAUAGAAAAUUUUGCAUAGCAAAUGAAACUGAAAGAAAGGGUGUGACACAUUGUGCCCGACAAGACUAAGGCUAGUUAGUAGUGUGGAAGGUAUCUUCCGGUGUAAAUUGGUCAUGUGUGACAUGGUACUGAGUUGCAUUUCGAUGUCGGGUUCAUUACCUUGGGUGUUGGGUUACAUGGAUCUGUUCUGUCCAGCUCAAAUGCUAUAUUUCCUGUACCUUCAUAACUA